AUUACAAUAAGACAAGGAGUCGUCUACACAGCAAGUAGUUUUCAGUAGGUUGCUACCAGCGCAAAGAAAGGAUUCUGAGGACAUACAGAGGACUGUUCCGAAUACAAUAUGAGCAGGAGAACGACGCUUUUCGUCGCUGGAAUCAGCGGCCGCACUCGUGCAAAGGAUCUUGCUUACGAAUUUGAAAGAUAUGGGCGACUAGUGCGCUGUGAUAUUCCUGCUCCCAGGGGAGCGAACUCAAACCCUUAUGCAUUUGUUGAAUUUGAGGAUCCUAGAGAUGCUGAGGAUGCUUACUAUGAAAUGCAAGGGCGAAAAGUUGACGGCUACCCUUUGAACGUUCAGUGGGCUAAGAACACUCCCGGUCGUGGAUGGCGGUAUGAGGGUGGACGUGGUGGUUCCCCCCCUCCUCGCCGAGGGCGUUCCCGGUCUCCUCGUCGCAGGUCUCCUCCCAGGUCUCCUAUCCGGGAGUCCCGAGACCGGGACGUUGUUGCCAAGCGCGAGGAAAGGGAUGGUAAUGAGAACGGAAGUCGGCAUGCGGAGCCUGUUGACAGGGAGGACAAUGGAAGGCACUCUCCAGGAACUGGCCGCCGUAGUCUCUCUCCGCGUCCGGAUUUUGAGGAACGGGGCCGCUCACCAAGCCCACAAGCUUGAAUGUACCAGGAGCAAUUGGUGAACAAUGCCGAGAGUACGGUAUGAGAGGCGUUGGUCGUCGUGAGGGGUAGAACCUCAUUAAGCAUGGGUGUUACGGAACAGG